AAACAAAUAAAUCUUAUACGUGUUCACUACAUAAUGAAGAAACUACAACUAUUUUACAAGGAAUUACUAAAGGCUACCCUACAGAAAUUGAUUUUAAUAUCUUAACAAGUCAAGUUUCAAAACUUUUUCUUCUUCUAACUGAUAUUAUUAAUAAGAAGAUAUCUAGCUUUUAUUAUGAUUGGGCAAGACAAAUAAUUAACAAUAUGGGUCAACCAGGUUAUUAUAGGGCAAAAGGAUUAUCGAUUAUAGCUGAAUAUCUUCAAGAGUAUUUUAUUAUAAAAAAAAAAAUUCUUAUGAAAGAUCAUAUCUCUCCACAAACACCAAAUCAAUAUCUAUAUGAUAUUUUGGUACCAGAAACUACAUUAUGCUUAAUUUUUGAAGAUCACCAAAAUAUUGCUUUAGAAGAAGCAUGA